GGUGCCCCCAGAAGGGGUGUCCGGGGCUCCCUCCACUUCGCUCACGGGGCCAGGACAGGUCGGGACCUGCUCCCCCGGGUCUGCUCCGUCCGCCGCCCCGCCAGCAGCCCCUGCGACGCCCUUCUGGUGCUUGGAUGGCUUUGCCGUUCCCGAAUCCCGGUUCCCCCGACCUUCCGGGGCCGGGCUGCCUGCCGCCCUAAGCCCCGCCGCAGGUGAGGUCGGGUCCGGGCCCUGCAGCCUCUCCUCCUGCCCCGCCUGCACCGGCACCAGCUCCGGGGUGCCUCUCCCAGCGCCGUGGUGGUUUUGAGGCUCCCGCACCCUCGUGCCUCCCACUUCUGGGAAAGGGGGCUGCAGCUCCCCCUCCCAGUCCGUGUCACCUCCCCGCGUCUGCCCCAGAAUCUGCACCCCUCAAGACCUUUCCCAGCCAGUGGCUACCCGCAGCAGCCCUUCAGCUCCCCUCUCCCUCAGCUUGCCCCAAAUCCCUCGCCCUUGGCGCCCCCUUCUCCCGGCAACCCACGAGUCUGGAGGCUCUCCAACCAUCCUGACAGCCGGUGCCACCCGCAACCCCAGCAUCCCACGCCUACCCCUUCCCUAUUUUUUUGGCAGCGCUGGAAAUGCGGAUUGUGUAAUGCCCGCUGCAGGGCAGAGCACGUGCACCCCUGAUUUGCACCCCUGCAUCCGCAGACGAGUGGAGGCGGCCAAGCUGACGAGUGAGAUAGGGAGGAAGAGGGUGCCGGAAGGUCUAGAGGCUGUGCAUCCAGGGCUGUAAUCUCAUUUUCAGCUUCUGCCAGAGCCAAGAGCUGGAGCAGUUGAGAAAAAGAAGGCUGCACUCUUUGACGAGCAUCAGGCAGCCUGAAAGCACAGGAUGGAUCUCGACGUGGUCAACCUGUUUGUGAUUGCGGGCGGGACACUGGCCAUUCCAAUCCUGGCAUUUGUAGCCUCGUUUCUCCUGUGGCCUUCGGCGCUGAUAAAAAUCUAUUACUGGUACUGGCGGAGGGCACUGGGCAUGAAAGUCUGCUAUGUGCGCCACGAAGACUAUCAGUUCUGUUAUUCCUCCCGGGGCAGGCCUGGGCACAAACCUUCCAUCCUCAUGCUCCAUGGAUUCUCGGCGCACAAGGACAUGUGGCUCAGUGUGGUCAAGUUCCUUCCGAAGAACCUGCACUUGGUCUGCGUGGACAUGCCAGGACACGAGGGCACCACCCGCUCCUCCCUGGAUGACUUGUCCAUAGACGGGCAAGUCAAGAGGAUACACCAGUUCGUGGAAUGCCUCAAGCUGAACAAAAAACCCUUCCACCUGAUAGGCACCUCCAUGGGUGGCCAUGUGGCCGGAGUGUACGCCGCUUACUACCCAUCGGAUAUCUGCAGCCUCUCCCUCGUGUGCCCUGCUGGCCUGCAGUACUCAACGGAUAAUCAGUUUGUACAACGGCUCAAAGAACUGCAGGACGCGGCAGCCAUAGAGAAGAUUCCCUUGAUUCCAUCUACCCCGGAAGAGAUGGGUGAAAUGCUCCAGCUCUGCUCCUAUGUCCGUUUCAAGGUGCCCCAGCAGAUCUUGCAGGGCCUUGUUGAUGUCCGCAUCCCACAUAACAACUUCUACCGGAAGCUGUUUUUGGAAAUCGUCAGUGAGAAGUCAAGAUACUCCCUCCACGAGAACAUGGACAAGAUCAAGGUCCCCACGCAGAUCAUCUGGGGGAAACAAGACCAGGUGCUCGAUGUGUCUGGGGCAGCCGUGUUGGCCAAGUCAAUCGCCAACUGCCAGGUGGAACUUCUGGAAAACUGCGGGCACUCGGUGGUGAUGGAGAGACCCAGGAAGACAGCCAAGCUCAUCGUCGACUUCCUAGCUUCUGUGCACAACACGGACAACAAUAAGAAGCUGGACUGAGUUCCCGACGGCAGCCUACAUGCCACACGCAGCACCCACUUCCAUCUUCAGAAUCUGCCGUGGCCACCGCUUCUCAGGGAUCCUGCCCCAGACGUGGUCAGAGCACCCGAGUCCCUGAGGAAGCCGGGCUCCUCCCCUGAGUCUUGACAGAGCCACAGAGCUUUGGGGGCCACGAGGAAACCUCCAAGACGUUUUUCACAAGAUGGGAACUCACAGGACAAAAUAAGAAACCCAGCCAUGGAAUCUACCAAGAAGUCUUCAAGUUCAUGUCACAAGGUGGCCCCCCUUGGACCACCCUCAUCACUGAGGCCCCGUUCUUUAAAACAUUCCUCACAGACUGAGUCUCAAGGCUUUUCUGUUGCUUCGACGUUCUCCCCUGCAUGGACAAUGGCUGUUUUAGGAGCGCUAGUCCCCAUUCACUGAGCCCCUCUUGUUUAUGUCUAAUUUAAGUUUUACAUAGAGACCCAUAGGCCAAUGCAGUCCAUCAACUGUGAGACGGAGCGAAAUGGCUGUAAACAUUUUUACACGCAGGGAGGGAUGUUCUGCCCGUGCCGGCCCUCAGAGCUGCUGCGGAAGCAGAGAACACAGCUGGGUGGUUUGAUGGGCACCCCCCAUGUUGGGUGUGUCCUGACAUGUUGGGUGUGUCCUGAGUGAGCCCAGAACAGUCCCAGUAUGAGAACACCUAACCAGGAAAAAUUAUUUCCUGGGAAUCAUUUAUGAUUUUUAAAAACAGGACUGAUGAAGCAAUAAAGUCCUAGACAACUAUCUAAAUCAUCAGAUUCGGGAUCCACACACAAGCACCUCCUGGGCCUCUUUUCUAUCUGCUGUGCUACUGAAAACCCUUGGAUGUAAAAAACUAGUAUGUUAAUGAAUUCUGUGAAUUCUGUGAACAGUAAUGUGAUUGAAAAUGAAUCUAAACAGCUGUAAAAGUGACCACAAUGACAUGAAAUAAAUUGACUUAAGUCUAGAUUAACAACA